AUGUCGACUGGGUUUCCAGACCAUGCGCAGUUUGAUUCUGUCGUUCGCACGCCACGCCACGGUUUUCACCCAAGCCCGGAGUCCAAUCCGCAGUCCGACUCUCAGAUGAGUGGGAUCGCUCAAAGCAGAUCAUCGCCUGGGCCCAUUGCUGGCGGCGCCAGUGCACAGGUUUCCCCGAAAGCUGGUGUAGACACACAGAAGAGUGGCGAGGCCGUGACGAAAAGGAGUGUAGACUAUGUUCUACGAAGCGGUCUCGCCGGAGGACUAGCGGGCUGUGCGGCCAAAACCGUCGUCGCACCUCUGGACCGCGUUAAGAUCCUCUUCCAAGCUUCAAAUCCUCAAUUUGCCAAAUACACGGGCAGUUGGGCCGGUCUUGCGGCUGCAAUUCGCGAUAUUAAGCGACACGAAGGUGCACGAGGCUUGUACAAAGGCCACUCCGCCACGCUUCUCCGUAUCUUCCCCUAUGCCGCCAUCAAGUUCCUUGCCUACGAGCAGAUCCGUGCAGCCGUGAUCCCGUCCCACGACAAAGAGACCUCGUUCCGCCGCCUGGUGUCUGGCAGCCUGGCAGGCAUUACCUCCGUCUUUUUCACAUACCCCCUCGAACUUGUGCGAGUACGACUAGCGUUCGAAACAAAACAGUCGUCCCGUUCCUCUCUGACGGAUAUUUGUCGGCAAAUCUACAAUGAGCGCACCUUGCCACCAGCGACAGCUAAAACAGCCUCGGCCACGGUUGCUACUGCUGAGACUGUCGCUUCGACCGUCAAACAGGCCGGGCUACGCUCUGGCAUCGCCAACUUCUACCGUGGUUUUGGCCCCACCAUCCUCGGCAUGUUGCCCUACGCGGGAAUCUUCAGAAUCGAAACCGAAGAAGGGUUCACGACAGCCCCAGCUUACAGCUGCAGCAGAGCUUUUUUCUCUGGCGCCACUGCCGGCCUCGUCUCACAAUCAUUUUCAUACCCACUCGAGGUGAUCCGGCGGCGGAUGCAAGUCAGCGGCGCUGUGGGCGGCGGCCAACGGCUCGGCAUUAUCGAGACCGGCCGCAAGAUUUUGCUUGAACGAGGCAUCCGUGGUUUCUGGGUUGGCUUGACGAUCGGGUACAUGAAGAUCAUACCCAUGUCCGCGACCAGCUUCUUUGUCUAUGAGCGAUUGAAGUGGUCAUUGGGAAUCUAG